AUGAACGACUCGUGGUUCCGUAGAAGCAAUGGAACAUCUUCCGGAUCAUCGUCAAUUGGCACACAAGGAUUGUUUGGAAACGGGUCAUUCGAUGCGAUGCCGUUCAACACGGACUUCUCGUUCUUCGUAAACAAUAAGAACAAUAACAAACCGUCGGUCAAGCUGCUCCCACUCUCGAAUCGCCGAACAUCAUCACUGGCGAACAACAAUUUGACUCCCGAUUCGGGAAGUUUCUUUUUCAACGGGACGUCAUCAGAAGACACCUUCUUCCCUUUGGACAGGGGCCAGAACGCAUUCGUCGCAAGCUCAGAGUUCGCCAAGCCGGCGCGUACAGAGAUUACUCUGCAAAAUGUCGUCGUGAAGGAGCAGCUCAUAAAUUUUGCGAUGGACCGUCACGGAGUGAAGUUCCUGGAGAUCCACUAUCCGACGGAUGCUAAUAACGAUCUGCACAGAGCAGUUUUCGAAAAGCUCACCGAGUCGAUGAUCUUGUUCGGAAGAUUGUGUAAAAAUUCAAACGGAAACUUCAUAAUCCAGAAGCUUGUCGAAUUCGCAACGCUCGAUGAGCAGAAAGUGUUGCUGCAGAGAAUGGUGGAGUGCGGAUUGGCGGAUAUGUGCAAAGAUAAAUUCGCCUGCCGCGUCGUUCAAAUCGCAGUUCAGAAGUUCGAUCGUUCCGUUGUCACUGAUCUGAUCAAAGCGCUCCAUUCCUCUGAUUUAGUGGACAUUUGCACCGACCAGACAUCGAUUCAUGCCAUGCAACGCAUUGUAAGGCAUCUUCCUGUCGACAUUUGGACGUUCUUCGUGGAAUUCCUGUACUCUGGCGACAAUCCGAUGGCUGUAUGCAGAGACAAGUACGGAUGUCGGCUAGUGCAGCAAGUCAUCGACAGAUUAUCUGAGAAUUCGAAGGCCCCAUGCUUCAACGCACGCCUUCAACUUCUCCAUACUUUGAUGUCAUGCGUGGUUCGCAAUUGUUAUCGAUUGUCAUCGAAUGAGUUUGCCAACUAUGUCGUUCAGUACGCCAUCAAGUCGUCAGGAAUCAUGGAAAUGUAUCGCGAUAUGAUCAUAGACAAGUGUCUUCUGAGAAAUUUACUUUCCAUGUCACAGGACAAAUACGCAUCACAUGUCAUUGAAGGAGCCUUCAUUUUCGCUCCUCCCUCACUUCUCACGGAAAUGAUGACCGAGAUAUUCGAUGGUUACGUCAAGGAUCAUGGGACGAAUCGCGAUGCACUCGACAUUCUUCUCGUCCAUCAAUAUGGAAACUAUGUCGUUCAACAGAUGAUAACGAUUUGUACAUCUGCUUUAAUGGGAAAAGAGUGA